AUGGUAUCAUCAACAAAUCAAUCGUCAAGUAAAAAGAAAACUUCACCAACAAAUGAUAAUAAUAAAAUAAAAACUGAAGCUGAAAAUGAUGAAAUUAAAAUCUUUUCAGCUUCAAGUAUUCUAAAAAAUGAACCAGAUGCUGAUAUAGAAGAUCGACUUUCACCAGUUGUUGAAGAACCUACUAGUCCGAAUAGAAUUAAUACAGUUAAUAAUAAUAUUUCUGGAUUAUAUACAUUUCCAUUUCUCUAUCCAUAUUUUAUGACUGCUGCUGCACAAGCAAAUGCUUCCAAUUUAUUAACAGUUAAUACAUCAGCAGAUGGACAUACAAAUAAUCUAUUUGGUAGUGUACCUAUGUCUUCAUUUCCAUUUCCAGGCAUGCCAUUUGCUCCUGAAAUGAUGAAUCCAUCAUUUGCACCAAAUUUCUUCAAUCCAUUUGGAGGUAUUCCAGUUUCAUCAAAUCAAUCAUCAGUACCAUCACGAAAUGUACAUAUUUCUCAUGAAAAAAUUCGCUCGAAGAAACCUCAUAUAAAAAAACCAUUAAAUGCAUUUAUGAUCUAUAUGAAAGAACAACGUGUACACAUUGUAGAAGAAUCAGCGUUAAAAGAAUCAUCAGCAAUAAAUAAAUAUCUUGGUCAAAAAUGGAAAGAAUUACCACGAUCUGAACAAGAUAAAUAUUAUGUCUUAGCAAAAGAAGAACGAAAUCGUCAUUUACAAAUGUAUCCAAAUUGGUCAGCACGUGAUAAUUAUGGAUUAAAAAAGAAACGACAAUCUGUUGUUAUAGAAAAAAAACUUCCACAAAAAAAUAAGAAUUCAGUACAAUAUGAGAAUGAUCCAAAGAAAUGUCGUGCAAGAUUUGGUUUAGAAGGUAUUAAUCAAUGGUGUAAACACUGUCGACGAAAGAAAAAAUGUACUCGAUUUCUAGAAGAUGAUCCAAUAACAACAAAUCAAAGAACAUUAUCAAAUACAGUUAGUUCACCAGAUGCUACGCAAUCUGAUAAUGAUGAUAUAUUAUCACGACAAAUUGAUUCAAUUGAAGAUGAUCAUAAUGACAGUAAUGAAGAAAAUAAACAACAAUUUCAACUUAAACCUUCAACUUUGCCAUCUUAUUUUGCACCGAAUUUUCUUUAUUAA